AUCCAGGCAGCACUUGUGAACUUUGUCUGGUUUUGGUUAUUGCUCUGCAUGCUAUUACCCUCUCUCUGCUUCAGAGCUGAGCAUCCCCCUUCGGCCUGGUCUACGCUUGGCUUUUUGUCUGACAUCUUUCCCGUUGUUGCUAAGCCCAGGGCAGCUCUGCUGUGGGCAGCGGGUGGGAAUGCUAGUGGAGAGAAAGUAUGGGCUGUUGGUGGCAUUUUUACCAUUGUGACAUGAACACCUGUUCUCAGCUGGGUGAGGUUACAGUGUAAAACACCGGCAACCAGUGUUGAAGGAGUCGGCCCUUUGGGAGCCUGGUAGGAAGGCAUCUGGGAGCAGUCUCUGCACUCUUUGAUGCACUGAUCAGCGUGAGAGCAUGUCCCAGUUCUAAAUGGCUCCUUGUCCCCUUUUUGCAGGCUUGUCUGCGCUCCUGUUUCCAAGCUCAGAUGUUUGAAAAUUGUGGGUGUGGUCACUAUCUGUUUCCUUUACCUGAAGGGGUAAAUUAUUGCAACAGUGAAGAUGAUCCAGACUGGGGUAAGAACACGAACAGAGUGUGAAAUAGCAAGGCCCCAUAAUACGUACGGGAAGGGGUUGGAAACAUAAUGGCUUUGUCAGGGGCACUUUAAGUAGCUGGGAGUUAAACGUUUUUGCAGCAGGGGCUCUGUUUGCUAACAAGGUGGACAGUGAGGAGGGAGGCAGAGCUCUCAGCUCUGGCCUAAGGCUAAGGAAUAUCAGCUGCCAUAGCAGCUUAGCUGAAUGAAGGCUUCUCACAGAGGAAUGGCCAGCUGGUAACACCAACACCAUAUGGGAUGACAAGGUUUUCUACUCUGGGUUAUGGAGUGAACAGAAACCACCAGUCUCAGCAUUUCAGGUGUCCUAGCACGGAAAGGUCAGCACUUCUCCACAGGUUUGUACAGAUCCCCAGAUAAAUUCCCCCCCUUCAGUACAAGGUGGCACAGACCUGAUGCAAUCCUCAGCACACUUAUGUCUGCUCUGAACGUUUCUGAGUGCUGCAGUUCUCUUGCAACAAAUGUUUUAGAAGUCACCCUGUAUUCAUCGGCGGGUGCAUCACUGACAAGAUUCUGCACUGCUCAAGCAUCCAGCUGAAUGUUUCCUGCAGAAGGGACUGCAGUAAGUGAGGUGUAGGACCAUCGACAGCCCACCACACCUGUCAGUGUUGAUGAAAGCCAGUCCACUAGGCCCUGCAAAAGGUGUUACAUCGUCUAAGAGUUUGAUUGUUUUUAUCAAUGGAUUGUCAAAGCUUCAGAAGGUUAUGGGGGAAGCAAAUCUGCAGCAGUAAAGUUCUCAUCUGACUGGAUUGUUUGCUUUUUGUUUUCACCAAACAGCAUAUUGCUAUUCUUCACUGAGGUCAAGUAUAGGACACAGGCAGUCUUGUAUUGACUCUUGUAAGGACACAUGCAAGUAAGUAAAUAAACUCUCUCUGGCAGCUCUCAAGGUGGAGGGAAUCCUGCGUUUUAUCCCUCACUGAACACUGAUCUUAAAAUCUGAACAGACCUUUAUGGGGGGUUGAAAUUGAGCUAAAGUUUUGGUGAUUUAAGAGCAGUGGAAAGCUCCAUGAAUUAAUGUUCUUGUGUCUUCUUUCCAGCAACACUCAGUUCAAAACGACCAUCUCUGUGGCAGGCUGGCCAUCUGAGGCGUCAGAGGACUGGAUUUUCCAUAUUUUGUCCUAUGAAAGAAAUGUGUCGACAAAUGUGACUCUGGACAGAAAUGGGAUCGUCAAGCUAAAUAUUUACUUUGAAGAGUAUAACUACAGAACCACCUCGGAAUCUGCGGCUACAACCCUCUUUCUGCUUGUGAGUGAAUUGGAAGGCCUGUUCUCAUUCUGGAUGGGCGGCUUGGUGCUGUGCCUCAUUGAAUUUGGAGAAAUCAUCAUUGACUUUCUGUGGGUCACCAUAAUUAAUAUCAUCAGUUGGUGCAAAGGCCUGAAGCAGAAGCGAGCCCUGGCCCAGUACCCAGAUACACCUCCGACAGUGUCAGAGCUGUCACAGGCUCAUGUCAAUUUUGGGUUCCAACAUGAAAAAUCCCAUUUCAAUCCCAAUAAUGAAACUUAUCCCAAUGAAGAAAUCCCACCAGAACCCGGCACUCCGCCCCCGCAAUACGAUUCACUGCGCGUUCAGCCCCUGGAUUUCACAGAAUCAGACAGCGAUGGAGGGGGCCAGAUCAACACUGAAUGCAAUUUAUCACCUUUAUCUAACUGUCCCAACGAAGAGCCUGGUCUGCCGGGGCUCUGCGAUUCACUCUGAACAACACUUUGUUCUUAAAACUCCAAAAUAUAAACCCACUGAAGAAGCCCAGUCUUGCAAGGUGAACUCUUGGAGAAAUUCUGCACCAAAAAAUUAAAUAUUCUGCAACAAAAAUAUAUAAAAUUCUGUGCACAAUAUUUUAAAAUUCUUCAAAAUUCAGUAUAUUUUGUCAAAA